AUGAGCAAAUCCAAAAAGCCAAUUUGUCACUACAGUGAUCCAAAUGUCGCGGAUUGCAUAAAGCGUGUAGCAGAACAAGCAAAGCUUCUUCUCGCUCGUGGGAUACCAUCUUUCAAUAUCCAGCCUCUAGAGCCUUUGAAAGUACCCAGCAUUAGGCUAAGACAGCACAACAUGCCUCAAGCACACUUUAAAUAUGAUGCCUGGCUCACUGAUCUCACUUUGAACGGACUUACUAACUACACUUUUAACAAGCUUGAUGUGUAUCCAGAAGAUUUAAAGGUGACUGGAAAUAUAAGUUUACCGCAUCUGACAAUGUCCGGUGAAUACGUUAUAAUUGGGGAAUUUCAAAUGCUUCCGGUAGAAUCUACUGGAAUGAUUACCGCUAAUUUCACUGAAUGUACUGCUGCACUCGAUGCUGUUGGAGCUAAAGUACAUAAAAGAAUGGUGAUACGAGAUGCGAAUGUAAAACUGCGUUGCUCUGGACCCCUCAGAGCUAGUUUGAAGGAAGCUCAUUCUACUACAGGGGAAAUGGAAAUGAUAACUGAUCACAUUGUACACAUGCAUGCCUCGGAACUAGCGAAGGAAGUCCAGCCGGCCGUUGAAACCGCCCUUGUAAGCCUCAGUAACAGCCCGGAGUUGGAAAGUUGGCGAUGUUUCACCCCAGUGUCCUGUCAGUGUUCCAGUCGUGUCGAGCAGUCGUCCCAUCGGAGUAUAAGAGUGACAGGAUUAGAAAGUGCGCUUGUGUCAGCGUGCACAAUAUCGUCUCCUGCGCAGAUGGCUAGUCUCAAUGACAUUGGCCGCCGUGGCCAAAUUGGCAGUUUUAUAUGUCCACGAGAAGAAAAAGCCUUGGGGAGGUGUUUACGAGAUGCACUAAACGCCUACAUACCGCAGUUAGCAACAGGAGUGCCAGAAUAUGCAGUGCCUUCUUGCGAACCACUAUUCGUCCCAUCAUUAGCAAUACGGCAGUCAUCUGGACCUAUAUCUGUCACCUCAACCUUCAAUGAUGUAACCGUACGAGGCCCUUCUACUAUGCGAGUGAGGGAUGUACAGAUAGAUGCGUCAAAAAACAAAGUUAUUGCCACAAUUUAUAUUCCUGAAUUAAGAAUGAAAGGCAACUACAACCUAAAAGGACAACUAUUAAUGUUACCAAUAGAAGGAGACGGAAAAUUUACGGCUAAAUAUGGUGAUAUAGAUGCGACUGUGACAAUAGUUUUAGGUAGAAAACCUAGACCUAAUGCUGUUGACGCUCUAACUUGCAAAAACUUAGGUGUAAAAUUCCAUAUAGGAGACGCAUCAACAAAGCUGGAAAAUCUUUUUGGAGGUGAUGGAGAACUAGGAAAUGCUAUGAACAAAUUUUUGAACGAAAAUUUCGAAAAACUAUCUGAAGAAUUCCAAGAACCAUUAGAAGAAGCAUUAAGAGACUUCUUAAAACCAUUAGCUGAUCAUGCAUUUGGAACUUUGGACGCUGACGACAUACUUUUAUCA